GCUUCAGCGCCGGAAAUCCACAAGAAGAACGAGAAGGAGACUCAGACUCCCUGGCCUGUGCCCUGUCUUCCGUUCGUGCGUCAGCAGGUGGCGGCACUGUUAGUCAACUCAAGCUCCUCCCAUGUGCUCGUGCGCUCCUUCCUCCUCACUUCCUCUCUCCAAACCGCGCCUGUGAAUGGGGCUGGCGGUCUACAGCCCCGAAAGAAAACACCAUGUAAAAGUAUAAAAAGUACACAGAACGCAAACUAUUGAUUUCUCAUUAUUAGUUCCGUCAGUCCACGCGUCGGGGACAACGCUUGCAUUUUGGAAGAGAGCGUGAGUGAGGGCACAGAUUAAUCCCGUGCAAGGUAGCAGACAGAUACCAUGCAGAUAAGUGAUGGCUCCAGUUACUUCCCGGUCUUUGUGGCCCCGCCCAACGUUACCCACCGGUCGCCAGGAUUCGUCCCCGGCAGGGUCGUACCUGUCCACUCCCCGCCUCCAACUAAGGCCCCACCCCCUCCCCCCCUGAAGCCCAUUGGCCCACCUCCUGAGCGCCGGGCGACCUUUAGCCUAUCAGAGAAUGGCCACCGCCUAGAGCGUGGUCAGAGGAAGAGGAAUACUUUAAUAUGCUUCGGUAUCUCAAUGGGGGCCUUCUUCUUCUCGAUCAUCCUCAUCCACAGCCUCACCAGUGGAGACGUGUUGGAUGGGAACUGUCCAGACCACAGCACCUCCCUGAGCAGCUGGAACCCUGGUCACAACCCAGAGAAGGCCAUGGUCGUUCGGAGGGGAGAUCUGUUUCGAUUGGACUCUUCUGCCACCUUAUACUCCCUAACCAUCCAAUCAGGAGGCCGAGUGGUCUUUGCAGACAAUGCUGAGGGCUCCAAAAACAUCACUCUCAGAACGCGCCAUGUGCUGAUUGAAGACGGGGGUGCGCUGCACAUCGGUGCCCCCAAAUGCCGCUACCGCUCCAAGGCCACAAUCGCCCUGCUGGGCCGUUCAGAUGAAAAGGCAGUCGCGGAAGUACCGGAAUUGGGCCGGAAGUUCAUCGGGGUGCGUAGUGGUGCAACCCUGGAGAUUCAUGGGACAGAAAGGCUGUCGUGGACCCUCCUGACCCGCAGCGUCUCCUCCUCAGGUCUAGCCAUGGGGGGCUAUGCCUUCCAGCGCAAUUUUAGCCGUGGCAUCAACCUGCGUGUGGUGGACCAGGACACGGCCAGUGUGCUGUUCAGCGAGCGCUACGACACGCACGAGUCACGCAACGACAGCCAGCGGCUCACGCAGCUGCUCCGGUCGCUGCCUGCGAGGCGCAUCGUCACGCUGGCCGUGGGAGACUCGGCUGUCAAGAGCCUGCUGGACGAGACCAAGAGAACCAUCCAGAGCCUGCUUGGUAGUACAUACGUCCAGGACCUCAAAUACAGGCAGGCCUGGGCCUUGGUAUCUGUGAUUGGUGGAGGGAACGGCUCGUGUUCAGAAGCCGUGCGGGAACAUGAGAACCAUGACACAGGAGGGAAGGCGCUGGCCCACCAGAACUUCACCACUGUGGACGGGGUCGGCUUCUCUGUCACAGCCUACAGCGAAUGGAAGAACGGUUUUCCCAUAUCUGGCUUCCAGGUUGAUGCUUUGGACCAGGUUGUCCUGAACCUGCAAGAUGAUGUACGCACUUGGCAACCUGGGAACCAGGUUGUGGUUGCCAGUACUGACUACUCCAUGCAUCAGGCAGAGGAGUUCACCCUUCUCCCAUGCCCGAGCUGCACCAGCAGACAGGUCAGAGUUCAAGGGAGACCCCAGUUUGGCCAUGUGGGGGAGAUUGUGGACGGGGUGGACAUGCGGGCAGAGGUAGCAAUGCUCAGCAGGAACAUACUCAUCUAUGGGGAGAUGGAAAACGCCUGCUAUGGAAACAACUGGUGCCAGUUCUUUGGCCACGACACGUACGGCGGACACAUUAAGAUAUUUGGGAAUUUUACCUCGGUGCACCUGUCCCACGUGGAGUUGAGGAACAUGGGGCAGCAGAAGAAGGGUCGCUACCCAGUCCACUUCCACCGCUGUGGGGACGUGGACCGACGAGGGGGCUACCGGGAACCAACCUACGUGGACGGCCUAUCCAUCCACCACUCCUUCUCCCGCUGCAUUACCAUCCACGCCACCAACGGCCUGCUGGUGAAGGACACUGUAGGCUAUGACACCCUGGGUCACUGUUUCUUCCUGGAGGACGGGAUAGAGCAGCGGAACACGUUCUUCCACAACCUGGGUUUGGUGACCCGACCGGGAACGCUCCUGCCCACCGAUCGCAAUGAGACCAUGUGCACCAGCAUCCGAGACAAAGUGUACAAGAACUACACACCUUCACCGAGCAUGGAGUGCAAGGCAGUGUCUACGUUUUGGAUCGCCAACCCCAAUAAUAACCUCAUAAGCAACGCUGCUGCUGGCUCCCAGGAUGCUGGGAUAUGGUAUGUGUUCCACAGCUCAUCCACAGGGGACUCUCAUGGGCUGGUUCCAGAGACCCGGGCAGAGCUGACCCCUCUGGGGAUCUUCUACAACAACCGUGUGCACUCCAACUUUAAGGCUGGGCUCUUCAUUGAUAAAGGUGUAAAGACCACCAAUGCAAGUGCUGCAGACCCCCGGGAGUACCUAUGUCUGGACAACAAUGCCAGGUUCCGUCCACAUGAGAAUGCAGACCCAAACCGGCCGCGGGUGGUUGCUCUCAUCGACACACUCAUCGCCUUCAAGAACAAUGACCUCGGGGCCUGGAUACGUGGCGGUGACAUCACCAUUCAGAACUCUGGAUUUGCAGACAAUGGGGUGGGACUCUCCUUUGCGAGUGACGGUAGCUACCCUAAGGAUGAGGGCUCCAGUCAGGAGGUGACCCAGUCUCUGUUUGUGGGAGAAAGCCGCAACCGCGGCUCCAACGGAGGCCAGAACAAGUACUGGGGCCAGGGAGGAGCAGAUGGCAAGAUGAGGACACUACCCAGGAACAGGACAUUCCCGAUCCGUGGCUUCCAGAUCUACGAUGGUCCUGUUCGGCUCACCCAGAGCACUUUCCGAAAUUAUGUCCCGACGACGGAGCGCUUCGCCAGCGCAGUGGGCUUCAACUUGAAGAACACCUGGCAGCUCACGCCCCGCAACAACCUGUCCAAGCUCAGCUUCCGGCCCACUGUGGGUCUGAGAGUGUUCUUCGGGCAUCCGGGCCAGUGGUUCGAGGAGAAUGAUCUGGACGGGGAUAAGAACUCCAUCUUCCAUGACGUGGACGGCUCUGUGACGGGCUACAGGGACGUGUAUGUGGGCAGAGCAGACAACUACCUGAUCCGUCACCCCGACUGUGUCAACAUCACCCAGUGGAAUGGGUUGGUCUGCAGUGGCACCUACUCUCAGGUGUAUAUCCAGACCCAGGGAGCUCCCAGCCUCAGUCUGUCCAUCAGUAGAGAUGAGUACCCUGAGGCUCCCCUGGUGCUGAGAGGUAUCAACAGCCAGCGGGCGCUGUCCCAGCAGUACCAGCCUAUCCUCAUGAUGAGCAAGAGCUACACCCUGCACUGGGACGGCCCGGCUCCCAGAGAGAUUGUCCUCUCCCUCAUCAACUUCAACCAAGGUGACUGGGUGCUGGUGGGCCUCUGCUACCCGCCUGAUACCACCUUCCAGGUUAUGGCUGACAUCAACGACCGCCAGAGCAACACCUUCAAUGACAUCACCGACUACGGGCCCUUGUACUCCCUCGCCGAGCUGGAGAAGAAGCCGCUGGAGAGGAAGUACUUCUUUGACCACAGUGUGGGAUUGCUGUGGCUAUAUUUGCAGGCGAGGCAGAGACGUGACGGCCACAGCUACUGCUCGGUUAAGGGCUGCGAGAGGGUGAAAGUGAUGGCCACCACGUCGUCCCCCAAACUGACCUGUAACUGCACGGCCAAGGCCUACCCCAAAUACACCAAGGCCCCCUCGGCAGUGGUCCCCAUGCCCACCCUCAGCACCCAACCUUGCAGGGACUGUGGAGCCUCCCAGCUGGUGUUUUCCAGUGACCCGUGGAACGCCUACCUCCAAACUCAGAUCAAGUCUCUCAGCAGCAAGGAGCAGCAUAGUGGAGACACACAGUCCUUCAUCACUGUGAACAGUGAGACGUUUUCCUUCACACAGCCAGGCUUCUUCCUGGUCUCUGUGGACGCCUGCUCUGGAAAAGUCACAAAGAAGUCAUCUUUCUCCAAAAUGGACUCUAAAAUGGAGCAGUAUUUUAAAACUGGAAUACCAAAGAGGUCAAUAGUGCUUCUGGGAACGCGAGGGCAACCUGAUGGCUUAGCCGGUGUUGCACCGUAUCUGGUCCCCCUGGGCAUGGCCAAGGCAGCAGAUCUGCAGAGUAAAGAGAGCCUGGUGUUUUGGGGGUUCCAGGGUGGCUCUUCCCCCCCUCCGUGGGCCUCUAUCCUAGCUGGGCAGGGUGAGGAGGGGCUGGGGCUGCAGGAGCGCUACCUUCCCCUGGGCCUGGAGGCCUACGGCUGCACACAGACCAGCACUCGCAGAGACAUGGAGCUACUUAGGACCGCCACAGGACCAUAGUGACCAAUGAGAACACAACUUACCCAAAACACAAUCAACCAGCGAAUGAAUGUGAACUUCUAUUAUUUAUUAUUUUACUGGCAAAGAUGUUUACUAAUUUGUGUGUGUGUGCGCGCGCACAUGCCUGCCUGGGUGUGGUGUAGUGGGAUGUGUGUGUGUGGGGCAUGGGGAGGGUCUGUAGAUGCAUGAAAAUAUGCACUUUCCUAGUCACAUGAUUUGCAAUAUCAGCCAGUCAUCUCACUGAGCCAUGAAUUCAUAUUCAGCCUUCAAUGAAAACAACCAAAAAGAUGCUGCACAUCUGCCAUAUUUCAACAAAUUAGACUGGAAACAGGAAAUCAAUGGGGGGUGGAAAGCAGAUGAACAAAGUAACCACAUCAAACUGGUGUGGUCUAUCACUCCUAUCCAGUUCCCCCUGGUGGGUUUCUGUCUCAGGCCAGUCUUUGACCGGUCUGCUGCUCACCACAUCCAUAGACCAAACGCAUCAUUAAGAAGAGGACUGACAAAGCAAACCAAAGGAAAAACGCUCAUUAUUCCACCUUUGUCCCCCCCCGUCUGUUUCCUUGCACGCCCCUGGGGGAGAGUUUUGUUCAGCUACUAGAUCUGUUGAAAUGGGAUUUUACUAAACGAAUCAUCUAAGUGUAUUAGAAUGAAAAUAUUUUCUAUGGGAUUACAUUGAGACUGUUGCAUUUUCAACAACCGUUUUUUUUUACCCCAAGGAUGUGUCCUUUUUUGUAAGAUAUUUAUUUGAUCUCUAGACAGUGACACUUUCCCCAGGGCUGGCUACGCGUGUAGCGGAGAUGGGUUGUUUCUCUUCUUUUUCUUCUCAUUAUCUCACCAUUGAAACGGUGUUUCCAACUCAUUUACCUUUUAGUAUGGUUAUGUGCACUCCCCUGUGUAUUUAUUUGGACUGUGAUGGUAAAAUGUUUCAUUUGGCUUUAUACUCCAUUUUGGAUUUGAGAUCAAAUGUGUUAUGAGGCGACAGUACAGAAUGUCACCUUUUAUCUGUUAUGAGGUUUAGAAAUGUAUGCUCUUUAUGUACAAUAUCUAGUCCCCCCCCCCCCAUUUGAAGGUGGAUAAGUAUUUGGACAAAUUCACUUGUAGUGUAUUAAAUUUAGUCGAUAACGUUUAGUAUUUGGUCUCAUUCCAACAGUAGCACGCAAUGACUACAUCAAGCUUGUGACUACACACUUGUUGGAUGCAUUUGCAAUUUGUUUUGGUUGUGUUUUGGAUUAUGUUGUGCCCAGUAGAAACGAAUGGUAAGUAAUGUGUUGUCAUUUUGGAGUCACUUUUAUUCUAAAUUAGAGGUCGACCGAUUAUGAUUUUUCAACGCCGAUACCGAUUAUUGGAGGACCAAAAAAAACCGCUACCGAUUAAUCGGA